CAAUCUUUUAUAUAUAAAAUAUUAAUAAAUUAAUAUUAAUAUAUUAUAAAAGAGCUUUUAUAAACUUUUAUAAAAAAAAAAACAAAUAACUUUUGAUAUGAGAAGAUGAUUCAAGAAAGAAAUGAUCCAAAAGUAGAGUACUAGACUUAACUUCAUCGAAAAAGAUACAAUAUUGCGUAUACCUGUCUAGUUCUUUGACAAGGUCCCAUCAUAGUAUUAUAUUAUUGCAGUAAAUGCUUACAGGAGCACAAGACCAAAACGAGUAUAUAAACAACAGACUCAAGCCAUCUCAUCAUCACAACAAACAACCAAACAAUCAUACACAACUUCCAAACUUUACAGUUUUUAAAAAUUUCAAAUCUCAACAGUCCUCCAGUCAACUUCGACAUAAUGGCACCAACGAAAGAAAUCCUCGUCAUCGGCGGCACAGGUGCUCAAGGUAUUCCUGUAGUGAAAGGUAAGUGACCUCGCCCAAAUAGACCAGUUCAAUUCAUUAAUGACAUGAAUGUAGCCCUUGCUGGGAGUGGACGAUACACUGUCCGAGUCUUGACUCGAGACAUCAACUCUCCCCGCGCUCAGGAACUCGUCGCUCUGGGAAAUGUGACUCUUAUCCAGGGCCAUCAGGAUAACCAAAAAGACCUUCACAAGGCUUUCCGUGGCGUGUAUGGCGCCUGGGUUAACACCGAUGGCUUUACCCUCGGGGAGAAGGACGAGCUCUUUUACGGUUUCAGAGCGUACGAGAUUGCCCGAGGCGAGGGUGUACAACACUAUGUUUGGGCUAACAUUGAGUAUGGCCUCAAGAUUGCCAACUGGGAUGAGGAUUAUCACUGUGGUCAUAUGACCAGCAAGGCAAGAAUUGGCCAGUUUAUCCUUGCCCAGGGACAAGAGGGGAUGAAGACGUCACUCUUCACCACUGGGCCGUACAUGGACAUGCUCCUGGGUGGCUUGCUCGUACCCAUUGAAGAUUCGGAUGGGACUUUUGUAUGGGCAAAUCCCUCAAGUAAGCGCUCCAAGCUCAAAAUGUCUCUGGCGUAGAGUGAGGCUAAUUUAAUUCCAGAGGACGGCAAAAUCCCUUUUAUUGCCCUUCAAGAUGUAGGGGUCUACAAUCUUUGGCUUUUUGACAAUCCGUCUGAGGCCGCUGGUUUUGACCUGUCAGUUGUAACGGAUAGUGUCAGCUUUGCAGAGGUCGCGGAGACCUUCACCAAGGUCACGGGCAAGAGAGGUGUGCACAAGUAUAUGACCGACGAGGACUAUAAGAAAGUGGCUGAGCCGUAUCCCGGUGCCUAUGUCAACUGGAGCCUUGGUCCAGAUGUACACCGAGAUGAGUCUGUCAUGCUCUGGGCGGACAAUUUCGCGGCAUGGUGGCGCUAUUGGGGCGAGGGCGUUACGCCCCAACGAGACCUUGGUAUCCUGGAUCGCAUCCAUCCUAAUCGCAUCAAGAGUCUGGAAGAGUGGAUGAAACUGGUUAAAUACGAUGGGAAGCGCAGAAAUGUGCUAAAGAUGGUUGAAGACUGGGAAGUGAAGGUAGGUGCUCCGUACGAGCCGGAGAAAGCCGCGGCUCAGUGAAAGAGCUUAUGGUUUAGUUUCACAAAGAGUCGUGGAAGUGAAUAAUCAUAGAUAGUCUGUCAAUUCUGUGGAGAUUUAGGCCGGAAAUAUCUCUCUCGCGUGUUGUAGUGCUAGCUGAGCCUGGCGGCGGCAUCAAAGUUUAGCUCGCCCAUAGGUCCAUAUCACGCGGGGGAGGUCUGUAUCACUAGUCGUUACCUACUCUAUAGCAUAAACUUUUCUAGCAUAAGGAUGCGACUUUUGAUUCAGAGCAACGAUGUGACAGACCAAAAUGUGCAACGAU